GGAGGACCGGGUCGGCGGCGGCGGCUCCGGGAAAACAAAACAAUCGCGGCGCCGCGGGGCUGAGCGCGGCGAGCGGGACCGGGACGCGGCGAAGGGCCGGGCGCCAUGGGGCGGGCGCGCGCGGGGCUCCCCCGGCGCCGUGGCUAGCGCGCCGCCUCCGCGCCGGGCCGCCGGGACGCGCGCGGGAGCCUCGCGGCCGGCCGCCGCGGACGCCGCCCGGCAUGGAGCAGUGCGUGACGGUGGAGCGCGAGCUGGAGAAGGUGCUGCUCAAGUUCUCGGGCUACGCGCAGCUGUGCGAGCGCGGCCUGGAGGAGCUCAUCGACUACGCGGGCGGCCUCAAGCGCGAGAUCCUGCAGAGCCACGGCCAAGAUGCUGAAUUAUCAGGGACACUUUCACUUGUUUUGACACAGUGCUGUAAAAGAAUAAAGGAUACUGUUCAAAAGUUGGCCUCAGACCACAAAGACAUCCACAGCAGUGUCUCUCGGGUUGGAAAAGCCAUUGACAAGAACUUCGAUUCUGACAUUAGCAGUGUGGGCAUCGACGGCUGCUGGCAGGCAGACAGCCAGCGGCUUCUCAACGAGGUGAUGGUGGAGCACUUCUUCCGGCAGGGGAUGCUGGACGUGGCCGAGGAGCUCUGCCAGGAAUCUGGUCUUUCUGUAGACCCAAGUCAGAAAGAACCAUUUGUGGAGUUAAAUCGAAUAUUAGAAGCAUUGAAAGUCAGAGUUCUAAGACCUGCCCUGGAGUGGGCAGUGUCAAACCGAGAAAUGCUCAUAGCCCAAAACAGCUCCUUGGAAUUCAAGCUGCACCGACUGUACUUCAUCAGCUUGCUAAUGGGUGGAACUACAAACCAGCGAGAGGCACUGCAGUAUGCUAAGAAUUUCCAGCCAUUUGCCCUGAAUCAUCAGAAAGACAUUCAGGUGCUGAUGGGAAGCCUGGUGUACCUGAGACAAGGGAUCGAGAACUCGCCGUACGUGCACCUGCUGGACGCGAACCAGUGGGCCGACAUCUGCGACAUCUUCACGCGGGACGCCUGUGCCCUGCUGGGGCUGUCUGUGGAGUCCCCGCUCAGCGUCAGUUUCUCAGCAGGUUGCGUGGCGCUGCCCGCUCUGAUCAACAUCAAGGCCGUCAUCGAGCAGAGGCAGUGCACUGGCGUGUGGAACCAGAAGGACGAGUUACCGAUCGAAGUGGACCUUGGUAAGAAGUGCUGGUAUCACUCUAUAUUUGCCUGUCCCAUCCUUCGUCAGCAAACAACAGAUAGCAACCCACCCAUGAAACUGGUCUGUGGUCAUAUUAUAUCAAGAGAUGCCCUGAACAAGAUGUUUAAUGGCAGCAAAUUAAAAUGUCCGUAUUGUCCAAUGGAGCAGAGCCCAGGAGACGCCAAACAGAUCUUUUUCUGAAGAAGUGAAUUUAGUUUGCGGUCUGUACGUGAAGCUGACUGUGGGUGCACUUCAGAAGAGGACAUUCCACCGAGUGCCGCCGACCAGGACUCCGUGUCACACAGCCGGGCUCAGAGACCGCGGCAGGCCUGCACGGGAGGCGCCCGGGCGCAGGGCUGGCCGUCUCCACUCUGACCCAGUCAACACCAGCAGUCUCCAGCGCAGGCUUUUCUACGUAGUCAUUCAGAGGUUUUUACUCACGGGCAGACAGAAGCCACGCUCUCCGCCGCACGCCUGCGUCCCUCCUGCUUCACUUUGGUCGUUUCUUGAUAAUUGUCGGCCUUGAGAAUGUUUGUGAAAAAGCUUUCUUACUGGUUGUGUGUACAUAAUUAGAUGAAAACUCCUCAGAGAACGUUUGACACGUUGAAUUGUGGUUACAAACCUACUUUUGCCUUCUUUUCCUUUGUGCUUGGGUGGAGAGGAAGCUGCCCCAGAGUCCACUCUUGCUUUCUGACGUGUUCUGCUCCGGCCUCACCCGGAGGUCGCACACCUGCCCGUGAGCUCUUUCUGGCCCCAGCAGGCUGCCUAUUUAAAACACCGUCAUGAAUUUGGCAGGCUAGUGUGAGGAGUCUUCCACCAGAACAGAGUGGAAGGAAUAUUAUUUUUUUUAACUUUAAUUUGCUUAGAGGUGCUUGUUUUAAAAAUGUGUUCAAUAAAAUGAGAUUCUGAAGUCAGCAGUGUUCUCUUGGUCUGGCAGCCCUGUCCUGGAAGCCGCCUUCGGGACCGGCCGCCUGCCGCACCUGUGCUCCACAGCAGUGUGGCGCCCGCCUGUGCACAGCGCUGCCACUGCGCCUGAGGGGAGGAGCGGCUCCGGCCCCGCCGCGGCCGCCACGGACCCUCCUGGGCCUGAGACCCAGCUUCUUCCUGUGGAGCCGGGUGUCCGCGGCCUCUCCGGGUUGGUUCGGGAGACUGUCGGUGCCUCUGGACGGAGGCUGCGCCCUGCUCAGGCGGAGGCAUCUUCACCGAAGGCACCGUCCAGAAAGGGCCGUCCUGAGGGCUUGCUCGGCGCGAGGAGUCGUGGAGAGGACGACGCGACUCCGACGUCGACCCACGUGCCGCUGCUCGGAGGACGUCCCGUGGAGAUCACCAGAUCUGGCAGCGUGUUCCGUCUGACGCGAAGCUCAACACCAACACGAACGCUCUCACGGGAGUUCAGAGCGGAGAGCGGAAUCAGAUGCGGCGCUUCCUGCAGCGGCUGCGAGUGGACUUGGUUUGGGGGGAGAUGACAGAUUUGGGCUGGCAGCCUUGUCAGGGGACGCCAGCGGGGGGCUUGGUCCUGAAAUGUCUCCUGGAGCCCUGGGGCCUGUGCGCGGAGGAGGAGGCUGCUGCAGGCGAGCUGGCUCUGCCGCGGGCUUGUUUCGGGUGGGAGGCUGUUCAAGCCCCUCCACGGCAGCAGCGAAGCAGGAGCCGGAAGGAGCAGGCGGUGCCGGCCCCUGGACGGGCGGGUCCUCUGCAUGGCGACCGCCUCUCUUUCUUCGCGUUUCCUCUCUAGGCCAGGCCUCCGUAUUUGCAAGUUUGGGGCCACUCUAAGGCCACAGGCCAGAGCUCUGCCUCGUCCCUCUCAGUGCAGGGAGCCCAGUGGCCUCUUGCUGUGCAGCUCCUGAAACUCUGAAAGGGACGGGCUUUAGCGAGCAGCGGCUUCCUGUGUGAGGCCUUGUGGUCCCCAGCCGUGGCAGGACGCCGGCAGCCGUUUGCACUCCAUCACGCCUCUUGACCUUACGCCCCUUGGAGAGCGAGUGUGAGGGAGAGGCCAGACUUAACCAAAGAAGCUGCGGUGCCGCGUUCUGGCCCUCCUGCUAAGGAAGCGCCUUCCCGCAGGGCUUGGCGCUGGUGGCACUGCACCUCAGCGGGCAGAGGAUGCCCUUUGUCCCCUGCCUCCGCCUGGCAGUGCAUUGAAAGAGUUUCAGAAUGGCUUCUUACGCUCCCUGAGGAGCCAUUGCCAUUUGCCAGUUGUGAACAGAGUCCUCGGGACUCUGCUGGCCUGGCCAGACCUUGCAGCCUGGCUGCCGGGCCAGCUCCCUCUGCCCCGGGCUCAGCCGUUCCCACGCUGUCCUCGGGCUCGGGCAUCGCAGAGGCGUUGCUGUUCUGUGGACGAUCAUGAGACUCUGACACCUCAGCUAACGGGUAUUGGUGCCUCUACCUAAAAAUGCCGAAGAGCCACCUUGUCUUCAUGGGGUGUGUGUCUUGUGAGUGUGAGCGUUUAGUUGAAAACAGAAGGUUGUGAGCAGUCUUACUUUUAUUUUUCUGUAGCAGCAAAUGUGAACAGACACUAAAACCCACACAGGCCACGUGGCCAAGGGUCAGGUUCAGUGUUCUCCGCCGAGCCGUGUCCACCUCCCUGGGCGGUCUCGGCCGCGGAGACCGCAGCGACAAGGGCUCUUGGUUUUUCUGCACUGGAAGGGCUGCUGCCCAUCUGACAAAGUGGACUGGUGGCCUCUGGUCAGUCUGUUUCCUCCGCAGACUCAGGUUGUCUUCAGGGAAGGUGUGGAGACCUGGCCUGGUCAGUUUCGUCGCUGGGACGUGUGAGGGGAGCGCAGGCAGAGGCCUUCCUCCACUGGGCUCUGCGACCUUGGCUUUGGCCUUGGGCGCCCGCUGAGCCGCGGGCGUGGGGUCGGCAGGCCUGAUGCUUCAUGGACUCCUUGCUGGACUGUAGUGGAGUAGAUACCAAAAAUAGAGUGACAAAUGUAUUUUAAUAGCAGAGGAGGCACUUAGUUUUAGGGUGAGGUUCCCACUGUUGGUUUUACUUCAAGAUGUAAUAAAAAAAUAAAUUUUGUUUUUAAGACAUUUUUAAGCUGCAGUUGUAAACUAGCGGCACAGGCUUCGUUGACUUCCAAAGAGGCCGGAGCCCCCGCAGCACUGCAGCCGGCGUCUCGUGUCGGGGGAGGACCGCGCCUUCCCGAGCUCGGCCGCUGGGCCGCUGGGGUUGGGUGCCUGGCCUUCUCUGUGUGUACUGGGGGGGGAGGGACAGGAGCCGGGUGUGGACUCCUGUGGUCGCGGGGGAGGCGAGGGCAGGCGUCGGGUGGCUUUGCCAGGACCACGGUGUGUGGGCGUCCCUCCUUGGUGUUUUCUGAACUUACGUGAAGGGUUCCUCAGAUCGUCUGUUCAGAUGGCUCAGGAUCGUGUUUCUUUGCUUACCCUGUGCUCUUGGGUUCUAUGGUAUUUCUAUGACUAUGUAAGGAGAAUAGUGUUGCACUGUAAUCUAUCAUAUAGAGCUAUAUGUACGGACAGUUUCGAUCUGUUUUUUAAGAGAUGUAUCCUGUUUGCAAAGGCACGAUAAAGUCGCAUCUUAUAGAUUAUAGGCAAUAAAGCUAACAAUAAACCCUACUUUCCACAAACCGUGCUCAUUCUCUGUUCGUUUGAUUUUGGAAAAAGUCAAGCAUAUCUAGUAGUUUCAGGGAUUUCAUUUAACUUAAAAAAAAAUUCU